CGACGGGGGAGUGUGCACCUGCCACCAGUCAAGCUCCGCCAGACUGCGAGACCGGCAGAGCAGCCCAGGGAGCCAGUGAACCAUGGACAAGUUGAAGUGCCCGAGCUUCUUCAAGUGCAGAGGGAAGGAGAAAGUGACGGCUUCAUCUGAGAAUUUCCAUGUUGGUGGAAAUGAUGAGAAUCAGGACCGUGGCAACUGGUCCAAAAAAUCUGAUUACAUUUUAUCUAUGGUUGGAUAUGCAGUGGGAUUGGGGAAUGUGUGGAGAUUCCCAUAUUUGACCUACAACAAUGGCGGAGGUGCCUUCUUGAUACCUUAUGCGAUUAUGCUAGCACUGGCUGGUUUACCUUUGUUCUUCCUAGAGUGCUCACUGGGACAAUUUGCUAGCUUAGGUCCAGUUUCAGUUUGGAGGAUUCUACCAUUGUUUCAAGGUGUGGGGAUUACAAUGGUCCUGAUAUCCAUUUUUGUGACAAUCUAUUAUAAUGUCAUAAUUGCCUAUAGUCUUUACUACAUGUUUGCUUCUUUUCAACGUGAACUACCAUGGAAAAACUGUUCUUAUUGGGCAGAUAAAACCUGUAGCAGAUCGCCUAUAGUGACACAUUGUAAUGUGAGUAUAAAGCUAGGUGAAAUCUUCCAAGUGAAUAAAAGCUGGUUAGACGCCAACAAUUUUACCUGCAUCAAUGGAAGUGAAGUUUAUCAGCCAGGGCAGCUUCCCAGUGAACAAUAUUGGAAUAAAGUGGCGCUCCGACGGUCAAGUGGAUUGGAUGAGCCUGGAGUCAUUGUGUGGUAUUUAGCACUUUGUCUUCUUCUGGCCUGGCUCAUAGUUGGAACAGCACUAUUUAAAGGAAUCAAGUCUUCUGGGAAGGUGGUAUAUUUUACAGCUAUUUUCCCCUAUGUUGUCUUGCUAAUCCUGCUGAUCCGAGGGGCAACUCUGGAUGGCGCAUCAAAAGGCAUUUCAUACUAUAUUGGAGCACAGUCAAAUUUUACAAAACUUAGGGAAGCUGAGGUUUGGAAAGAUGCUGCCACACAGAUAUUUUAUUCCUUGUCAGUGGCUUGGGGUGGUUUAGUUGCUCUGUCAUCUUACAAUAAGUUCAAUAACAACUGCUUCUUAGAUGCCAUUGUAAUUUGUUUGGCAAAUUGCCUCACUAGUGUGUUUGCUGGAUUUGCUAUUUUUUCUAUAUUGGGACACAUGGCUCAUAUAUCUGGAAAGGAAGUCUCUCAAGUUGUAAAAUCAGGUUUUGAUUUGGCAUUCAUUGCUUAUCCAGAAGCUCUAGCUCUACUCCCAGGUGGGCCAUUUUGGUCCAUAUUAUUUUUCUUCAUGCUUUUGACUUUGGGUCUCGACUCUCAGUUUGCUUCCAUUGAAACGAUUACAACAACGAUUCAAGAUUUAUUUCCCAAAGCGAUGAAGAAAAUGAGGGUUCUCAUAACUUCCGGUUGCUGCUUGGUUUUGUUUCUCCUUGGCCUCGUGUGUGUGACUCAGGCUGGAAUUUACUGGGUUCAUCUGAUUGACCACUUCUCUGCUGGAUGGGGCAUUUUGAUUGCAGCUAUACUGGAACUAAUGGGAAUCAUGUGGAUUUAUGGAGGCAACAGAUUCAUUGAAGAUAUAGAAAUGAUGAUUGGAACAAAAAGGUGGAUAUUCUGGCUAUGGUGGAGAGCUUGUUGGUUUGUCAUUACGCCUAUGGUUUUGAUGGCAAUCUUGAUCUGGUCAUUGGUACAAUUUCAUAGACCUGAUUAUGGCAAAAUUCCAUACCCUGACUGGGGAGUUGCUCUAGGCUGGUGUAUGAUUAUUUUCUGUAUUAUUUGGAUUCCAAUUAUGGCUAUUACAAAAUUAAUUCAAGCUGAAGGAACCAUCCUUCAACGCAUUGUAAGCUGCUGCAGACCAGCUUCUAACUGGGGACCAUACCUGGAAAGACAUCGUGGGGAAAGAUAUAAAAAUAUGGUAGAUCCUAAAAAAGAGACUGACCAUGAAAUACCUACUGUUAGUGGCAGUAGAAAACCAGAAUGAGAUCUAGUUUUUAAAAAUAUGUGGUUGUGUAAUGUGAUUAUUUUAGAAUAGAGGAAAUUUUUAUUUAUUUGAAUGUUGAGUAGAAAAACAUAUAUACUAGGUUCAUAAUAGUAUGAUGAGCUUUUUUUCCCAUUUAAGCAGGAAUGUAAUAUAAAAAUGUGAAUCUACUAAUGUUUAGCAAUGUGAUUAUUAUAUUUCUUUUAAGAUUAUCUUAACACACACAUAGCUGCCUCUAUUUCACAAUAAAAUAUUAAAAAUAAUAUUUUUCUAGUAUAUUGAAGGCUUUAUUUUGAACUGGUUAUUUAGAAAAUAGUUACAUUUUCUAUUAUACAAGUUUUUAAAUAUCACUUGCUUACGUUUUCUUAGUACAUAAUCCUUCCUUUCCAUAAAGCUGGGGAAAAUAAAUCAAUAUAUUUAAAAGACAGUGUUAAAAUUGAAAGCCUCACUUAAUUAGAAAUGCCAUAUAUAUGAAAAAAUGGGCUGUGUAUAUAAUAUGAUGACUGUAGCUUAAUACUUUUGGUUCAUAUGUCUAAAAACUUCAUGUAUUCAUGGCUCACUUUUUCUAGGUGAACUUAGUGGUUACAUUCUUUGUUUACAAAUAGUGAAGUAAGACAGAAAACUAAGGAUCCCAUGGCCAGUAAGUGAUAAAUCUAGAAAAUGGAAUCCAGAAGCUUUGAUUACUUCUAGUUAAUAGAUCAAGUAGAAUGAUUUUGUCUUAUCUGAAUAAGUUACUACUUAUGGGUGGUAACUUAUUUACAUACUUACAGAAGAUAAACGUGUGAAACUUGUCAAGAAUGAGGGCAGCCAAAUUAGAAAGUCCUAUGUCCCAGUUUGCUUACAAAAGAUAAUGAAAACAUAUUAUAUCACUAAUAGAUUUUUUUUGACAACUCAUGGGAGUUCUAAGUUCUCCAUCCACUUUUUAAAAAUUUAAUUUAGUUUAUUUUUUAUACAGCAGGUUCUUAUUAGUUAUCCAUUUUAUACAUAUUAGUGUAUACAUGUCAAUCCCAGUCUCACAAUUCAUCCCACCACCACCCCCACACUUUCCCCUCUCGGUGUACAUAUGUUUGUCCUCCACAUCUGUGUCUAGGUUUUUCUAGGUUCCACAUAUAUGCAUUAAUAUACGAUAUUUGCUUUUCUCUUUCUGACUUACUUCACUCUGUAUGACAGUCUCUAGAUCCAUCCACUAAUAGGUUUAUACGUUGAUUAUAUAUCACUGACAACUGGUUUACUAUCACAGCCUAGGAUGGUGAACAUUACCUAAGUAUGUAAGAAACUUUUCACUUAUUCUUAAGGUUCUUAACCUGGGCUUCAGAGAAUGUAUGAAGCUGAAAUUACAUGUAAUAUUUUUCUACGUGUAUGUGUGUAUGCAUUUUUCUAGGGUGAGAGUACAUAGUUUUCACCAGAAUAUCAAAAGUGAUCUGUGGCUCAGAAAAGUUUAAGAACCACAUAUACUACUGCUGGCUUUUUGUUCUUGUCAAAUGAGGAAUAAAAGAAUAAUUUUAAGCCUUAAUUUCUUAUACAUUUUAAAUUCCUUUUCCUCUUCCUUUUGAUUGAAGAUUAAAGGAGGAACGGAUUAAGGUGUUUCUUUAAUUUACA